AUGCAGGGAAGCGGACCGGCGACCCCCGAGGCCGUCCAAGUUGCUGCCCAGCUGCGAGACGCCUUUGCUGGCGUGGGGGUAUGCUACAUAGACGGCCACCGGAUCCAUGCUGAGCGGCAGAGCCAGCUCCUGCAGCAGGCCCAGGGCUUUUUCGAUCUUCCCCAGAGCACCAAAGACUCUAUAUCGGCGACGGCUAGCGGCUCGUUGAGAGGUUACAUCGGCAUAGGCGCUGAAUCUGGCUCGGAUGCCUUUGAGGUCAAGGAGGCAUUUUCGUACGGCUUUCCAUGGAGCAAGAGCGUUGCUCCGCGCAACAACCUCCAGGGACCCAACACCUGGCCCUCGCCAGAUCAGCUUCCUGGCUUUCAGCCAGCAAUGCAAGAGCUCUUCGACGAUAUGGUCGAGGUGUCCCUUGCCAUCUCUGGGGGCCUUUCGCUGGCUCUGGGACAGGCCUUUGGGUUUCUCCCGAGGCUCUGCGAUGCCGGCAACACCAUCUCGAUGAUGAGGCUCUUCCGCUACUUUCCCUACCAUCGAGCCGAUGAUCUCCCCUGCGGUCUUGCCCACCCAGACCGGAUCGGCUCCUCGCCUCACACAGACUGGGGCUUCUUGACCUUGAUCGUGCAGCAACCCGGUGUCACCGGGCUCCAGGUGAACCUGGGCAACUCGUGGGUGGAUGUCCCUCCAGUCGAAGGCACAAUCGUCGUCAACGGCGGCGACUUUCUGUCGCUGAUCUCUGGCGGGGUCUUCCGCUCGCCCCUGCAUCGAGUUGUUUCGGAUGGCGCCACCGAGAGGCUUUCGUUCGUGCUGUUCUACUAUCCGAACUACGAUGCCAAGAUCCCGGUCCUCGACUCGUUGCGCCAGAACCUGAGCCUCUUCGACAACCAGUCCCUCGGCCGCGACCCCGAGGCUGUUGGGCCUUCGGAGCGGCUCAUGCCAUUUGGCGAAUUCAUCAGCAACAAGUGGUCGCAAGUGCAACGCAGCAACACAUGA